AUGAAGGGAUCCUAUGUGUCCAUACACAGCUCUGGCUUCAGAGAUUUCCUCCUCAAACCUGAACUGCUUCGUGCCAUUGUGGACUGUGGAUUUGAACAUCCUUCAGAAGUACAACACGAGUGCAUUCCACAAGCCAUCCUGGGCAUGGACAUUCUCUGCCAGGCAAAGUCUGGCAUGGGGAAAACUGCAGUGUUUGUCUUGGCCACACUACAACAACUGGAGCCUGUUACAGGGCAGGUCUCCGUGUUAGUCAUGUGUCACACCAGAGAGCUAGCAUUUCAGAUCAGCAAAGAGUAUGAACGAUUCUCCAAGUAUAUGCCAUCUGUGAAGGUGGCUGUGUUUUUCGGCGGACUUGCAAUUAAGAAGGAUGAGGAGAUGUUGAAGAAAAGCUGUCCACACAUUGUGGUUGGGACACCUGGUCGAAUUCUGGCGCUGGCAAGAAACAAGACCCUAAACCUCAAACACAUCAAACACUUCAUCCUGGAUGAAUGUGACAAGAUGUUAGAGCAGCUAGGUGAGGAGGUGAUGGGCAAGAAUAUGCGCAGAGAUGUCCAGGAAAUAUUCCGUAUGACUCCUCAUGAGAAGCAGGUCAUGAUGUUCAGUGCUACCCUGAGCAAGGAGAUUCGCCCAGUUUGCAGAAAGUUCAUGCAAGACCCAAUGGAAAUCUUUGUGGAUGACGAGACCAAGCUGACUCUUCACGGACUCCAACAAUAUUACGUCAAGCUCAAGGACAAUGAGAAAAAUCGCAAACUUUUUGAUCUUCUAGACCUAUUGGAGUUCAACCAGGUGGUCAUCUUUGUGAAGUCGGUUCACAGCGAUGCAUCGCUCUGGCUCAGCUGUUGGUGGAACAGAACUUCCCAGCUAUCGCUAUUCAUCGCGGGAUGCAACAGGAGGAGAGGCUUUCUCGUUACCAACAAUUCAAGGAUUUCCAGCGCAGGAUCUUGGUCGCCACCAAUCUUUUUGGCCGUGGCAUGGACAUUGAGAGAGUGAACAUUGCCUUUAAUUAUGACAUGCCAGAAGACUCUGAUACCUACCUGCACAGGGUCGCACGUGCUGGUAGGUUUGGGACGAAGGGUCUGGCCAUCACAUUUGUAUCAGAUGAGCAGGAUGCAAAAAUCCUAAACGAGGUUCAAGAUCGGUUUGAGGUCAACAUUAGCGAACUGCCUGAUGAAAUUGACAUCUCAUCGUACAUUGAACAGACACGGUGA